CCAUGUGAACGAUAGAUGGGUCUAUCGGGUCACGUGACGUCAGUGGAGACAUCUGGAAAAAUGGCUCCCACAUUCAAAAGACGAGUAAGAGAACCCUGGGAAUUUACUUCUAAAUGAUGAAAUUGUAAAUCAACUGGUAGAAAAUAUUUCACCGAAUUAUCAGGGUAAUAAUCCUCGUGACAGCCCUUCACCAAUCCUGUCACGAAUUUAUUUCUGAAAAAUUCCUGCAACUGUCCGUCAUGUAAAAGGGUAUUUAAUUAUGAAUAAACUAUUAGUUCUCAAACUACAAAAUUUCACUCCUGAACUAUUUCAAAUAUUUCCAAACGAUUGGCAUUAGCUCUAUCUGAAAAUUGAGAAUUUGAUUGCUAACUGUGCAUGUGUCUAUCUAUAGGUGUUACACAUUUGCGGGUCGUGAAGUGACAUGACAUAAACAAAGAAGCGGUCCCUCUCAAAUGUAAACCUCAGUGUCAGUGCGAGAGUUUUUUUCGUUUAGUUUCUCUUUUCAUGUUAUUUUUCCUGAGAUAGUAAAAAAUCGUAGCAGUAGGAUCUCCAGGACAAAAUGUCGACGGAAAAUCAGGAGCCGGAAAGACUGCCUCUGGAUCCUCUUCCCCUGGAGCAGCAUGAACGACCAGGGGUAAACGGUAACGUUGGCUUAAGCGUCCUGGAUGCUGUAUUCCCAGUCACAGACCUUGAUUUCGAUGCUGGAGAUAUUCCCAGCAGCAGAGCACUCGUCAGUCUCUGUGACCUUUUUUGGAUCGUUUUCUCAAUUGUCAUGCAUCUUGUGGAUUGCGGUAUGGAUCUGAAUUUAGCUACAUCUUAUUUGAUGGCUGAACAGUAUGAUAAUCUCAUUUGGACCUGCAUAUUUAUACUCACUCCAUCGUUAGUAAACAUUAUGAUAAGUAUUCAGAUGUCAGCACAGGAUCGUCAGACUAAUCAAGUAUCUGAGAAAGACAAAUGCAAUUACAGUGAAUUGGUGCGAUGUUUUCUACUAUGGCCUUUCAUCCUCAUAUUCCAAUUGGCACCUGUACUUCGUCAUUUAGAUAAUCUGGCAUACGCUUUUAAAUCGUAUCGUGCCAGAAAAAACGGGGAUCAAUCGAAUCAGAAGAAAUAUUAUCUCAAAAUGCUGAAGGAGGAACAAGACAUUGCACUCAUGAGAGUACUGGAAUGUUUCUUAGAGGCGGCUCCUCAUCAAGCCUUGCAGCUGACAAUCAUGAUGAGGCAUUAUCAAAGCACCCCCAAAGUGAAUUUACAUUUUGUUCACCAAACUCUCAGUAUUGCAAGCUCUCUAGCAGGCAUGGGUUGGGCGAUGUCUAGUUAUCAUCGCAGCAUAAGAAAAGCCCAACAGGACAAAGAGAACAUCAGUGCCAUCGGGAAUUGGAUGCAAUUCUUCUGGCAUUUCUUGAUCACAAUAUCUCGAGUAGUGGCUAUAGCAGCAGCCGCGACAAUAAUGCCUCUUUACACCGGCAUUGCCUUGGGUGUUCAUUGGCUCUUCAUGAACAUUUGGAUAAACCUGAAGCCUUCAGGUCUCCAUGAAUUUUGUCGAGACCGUAACAAACCACCCCACAGCCGUCCAACAAUCGUUGAAAGUCUCAAGUCGUAUUUACUCGCCGCAAUAUUUGGUCUCGUUCAUAUUUUCACUUAUUUUAAACUAGUUGAUGGACCAACGUACUGGAAACAUAUAAUCUACUACUCCUUUUGUUUCCUGGAGAAUGUGAUAGCCAGCAUGGGUUGGAUCUUCCUCAGGGAUAAUGUUGCGAUCAUACGCUGGUACCAUGAGCUUGUUCCAGUCACAUGCAUUGUACCAUUUAUCAUUGGAAUAUUUAUAAUGAUUAUUUAUUACAAAGGGUUUCAUCCAUCGAUGAAAAAUAUGAUCAAUAAGACUGAUCAGCACACUGACGAAAAUAACAGAAAUCCCGCAGUAUAAUAUUGGUGCAUAUUUAUACAUCUGUAUUACAUAGAUCAAUUGCUUAAUUGAUCACUUGCUCAGAGUAUCUCCAUGACUGAACAUCCCAACGAUUUUAUGAUCUUUUUAUAUUUUUAUACGACAAAUGUGCAUUUAAUAGAAGAAUAUUAUUGAUUGAUAUCUAAUGACAGAAUAAACCAGUGACUAUGUGUAAUUGGCUGCAAUUUUUUUCCCUUCUUGUACAGAAAAUAUAAAUUUUCAAUUGAUUCGAUCGAAGUAUGGACGAAU